CUCCUGGAAAUCCACCCAGAACCUCUACCCUCUGACACCAUGGUCAGCUCCUGCUGUGGCUCCGUCUGCUCUGACCAGGGCUGUGGUCAAAACCUCUGUCAGGAGACCUGCUGCCGCCCCAGCUGCUGCCAGACCACCUGCUGCAGGACCACCUGCUACCGCCCCAGGUGCUGUGAGUCCAUCUGCUGCCGCCCCCAGUGCUGCCAGUCCGUGUGCUGCCAGCCCACCUGCUGCCGCCCCAGAUGCUGCAUUUCCAGUUGCUGCCGCCCUUUCCGCUGUGGUUCCAGCUGCUGCAGGCCCACCUGCUGCAUCUCUAGCUGCUGUCGUCCCAGCUGCUACCAGACCACGUGCUGCCACCCCAGAUGCUGUGUGUCCAGCUUCUGCCACCCCAGAUGCUGCCAGACCACCUGCUGCCAUACCACCCGCUGCCGCCCCAUCUGCUGCCACCCCAUCUGCUGUGGAUCCUCUUUUUGCGUAAACAAAAACAAGGAAAAUGUGUUGACAACUCACUCUAUUCAGGCCAUAUAUAAGAGGCUGUGGCACAAGGUGACUCCCAAACUCAAGAACCUCACUCUCCUGGAAACCCACUCAGAACCUCCACCCUCUGACACCAUGGUCAGCUCCUGCUGUGGCUCCGUCUUCUCUGACCAGGGCUGUGGCCAAGGCCUCUGUCAGGAGACCUGCUGCCGCCCCAGCUGCUGCCAGACCACCUGCUGCAGGACCACGUGCUACCGCCCCAGGUGCUGUGAGUCCAGCUGCUGCAGACCCCAGUGCUGCCAGUCCGUGUGCUGCCAGCCCACCUGCUGCCGUCCCAGGUGCUGUGAGUCCAUCAGCUGCAGACCCCAGUGCUGCCACUCUGAGUGUUGCCAGCCCACCUGCUGCAUUUCUAGCUGCUGCCGUCCCAGAUGCUGUGAGUCCAGCUGCUGCCGCCCCUCCUGCUGUGGUUCCAGCUCCUGUGGCUCCAGCUGCUGCCGCACCUGCUGUUGCCUGCGCCCAGUCUGUGGCCAGGUCUCCUGCCACACCACUUGCUAUCGCCCCACCUGUGUCAUUUCUACCUGCCCCCGCCCCAUGUGCUGUGCCUCCUCUUGCUGCUAAUGCCCUGUGACCACUGUCUCUGUUACCCUCCGACUUCACAGAUGUAGACCCGCCUACUGUGCUGACUCUUAGGACACAUGGAGUGGGGUUGAUGUUACUCAAAUAAAUUGGGCUUUGUGAUUCCAACGAGGAAGCCGCCCAUGCUACUGAAGAAGAUGGGUAUGGCCUGGAGCACUUUUAAAGUAACAGAUUUUACCCUCCCACCUGACCAUCGUAAAUCAACCUGCUAACUUCUUUUUUAUAGGACUUUUCUGUAACCUAGUCUAUUUCUGUGCUAAAAUAAAGUUAUCCUUCCCUGCAU